GCAUAAGUUCGCCAUUAAGCACGUGUAAAAUUUUAUAAACAAACGGUAGUUUAUUUUGCAUUUUAUUUCAUGAUGAGCGCUUCGAAUUUUAAUUCAUUGUGUAUUAAGGAAGGUGAUUUUGUAAUUGUGAAAACAGAUACAGUUCUGCGACUGGUAGAAUUAAAGAAAAACAAGCCUCAAUUUCUCGGAAAGAGAAAAGCCAAUCUGUUUUCAGCAGUUGGCCAUCCGUACGGAACAUUUUUUGAAAUUAAUUCCGAUGGCACGCUAAAAAAGCUAUCAAACCCAGGUGUAACGCAAAAUUUGCUCAUUAAAGUUGAAGAUGAUGCUGAUAUGAAGGAUAAUCGAUCUCUGAUAGAUACUGGCGAAUCCCAAAAACUCACAACCGAUGACAUCGAGGGAUUCAAAGCUCAAGGUUUAUCCGGUCAAGAAAUGGUUAAAAUUAUUGUUCAGAAUAGUAGUUCUUUUCAGGAUAAAACUGCUUUUUCAAAAGAAAAGUAUUUGCGAAAGAAGCAAAUGAAAUAUAUAAAUUAUGUUCAGCUAUUGAAACCUAAUAUACGUUUGCUGGCUGAAAUGUAUUACGCUCAAGGUCCUUUGAAAAUCUGCAACUUAAGGAUAGAUUCUUUGUCUCAAAUGCUUGCCUUUUGCAACGUAAUGUCUGGAGGAAAGUAUAUGAUUUUAGAAACUGUUGUUGGUUUGUUAACUGCUGCGGUAAUUGAAAGACUAGGUAUUCAUGGCUGUGCUGUACAACUGCAUCUAGGUCCUUUUUCGAUUCAUCCGUGUCAGCAAAUAAUUAAGGCUUUAAAUGUGCCCCAGCAUCAGUUGCCGUCAAUCCUGUAUAAUGUGGAUUUGAAAAGUGUUAUGGAUUUAUUACAAACAAAAGACAAUGAAGAUAACAUGAUUGUAGAUGAAGUCGAGAGUAUUGCUUUGCUCAGUGAUUCACCUCAUGCUGAAAUAAAAAGAAAAAUGGAGAAGAUGGAGCAUGUGCAAAAAGCUAAAGAAAUUCUUUCUCAGAAAAACAUGGAUAGUUUACUUAUAGCUAUAAAAAACCAUCCAGGCAAUGUUUUGCCAUUGUUAGAUUUUCUUUCAUCUUCUCGGCCAUUUGCUAUAUUUUCAAUGUAUCAGCAACCAUUAGUUGAUUGUUAUGUUGCAUUAAAAUCUCGCGGUGAUAUCAUAUCAUUAAAUAUAUCUGAAACAUGGUUUCGUAAAUAUCAGAUUCUGCCCGACCGAACGCAUCCAUGUUAUUCCAUGUCGGGCAAUGGUGGUUUCUUAUUGACUGGAAUAAAAGUUGAAAGUAAACCCCAAGUUGGCAUAUGUAAUUAGUUUCUUGAGUAAACUUAGAUAAAAAUUGCAUUUGUUAAUGUUUUUAAUAAAAGUAUUUUCGGCAAUGUA